UCAGGGAGGACUCUGAAUCUUGGACUCUGGAAAAACUUUUGACCAUGAGGUUGAUCCUGUUUUUUGGUGCCCUUUUUGGGCAUAUCUACUGUCGAGAAACAUUUGUGGGAGACCAAGUUCUUGAGAUUGUACCAACAAAUGAAGAACAGAUGAAAAAUCUGAUGCAAUUGGAGGCUGAAGAACAUCUCAAGCUUGACUUUUGGAAAUUACCCACCAUGCCAGGGGAGACAGUUCAUAUCCGAGUUCCUUUUGUCAACGUCCAAGCAGUCAAAGUAUUCUUGGAGGCCCAGGGAAUUGCUUAUUCUAUCAUGAUUGAAGAUGUUCAGCUUCUGUUGGAUCAAGAGAAUGAAGAAAUGCUAUUUAAUCAGAGAAGAGAGCGGAAUGGUAACUUUAAUUUUGGGGCCUACCAUACCUUGGAAGAGAUUUCCCAAGAAAUGGAAAACCUCGUGGCUGAGUACCCCAGCCUAGUAAGCCAAGUGAAUAUCGGCUCUUCUUUUGAGAACCGGCCCAUGAACGUGCUCAAGUUCAGCACUGGAGGAGACAAGCCGGCCAUCUGGCUAGACGCCGGGAUCCAUGCUCGAGAGUGGGUUACGCAAGCUACUGCACUGUGGACAGCAGGGGCCCACGCUGUGGGCCAUUCACAUGUGAGUCAUUCACAUUGCUGUACUUGUUUCGGGCAGUUCAGCACUGGAGGAGACAAGCCGGCCAUCUGGCUAGACGCCGGGAUCCAUGCUCGAGAGUGGGUUACGCAAGCUACUGCACUGUGGACAGCAAACAAGAUUGCCUCUGAUUAUGGAAAGGAUCCAUCCAUCACCUCCCUUCUGGACACCAUGGAUAUUCCUGCUCGUGACACCAUGGAGAUAUUCCUCCUGCCAGUCACAAACCCUGAUGGAUAUGUGUUCUCGCAAACGAAAAAUCGUAUGUGGCGGAAGACCCGGUCCAAGGUAUCUGGAAGCCUCUGUGUGGGUGUUGAUCCUAACAGGAACUGGGACGCUGGUUUUGGAGGACCCGGAGCCAGUAAGCAACCUUGCUCUGAUUCAUACCAUGGACCCAGUGCCAACUCUGAAGUUGAAGUGAAAUCCAUUGUGGACUUCAUCAAGAGUCAUGGAAAAGUCAAAGCCUUCAUUACCAUCCACAGCUAUUCCCAGCUGCUGAUGUUCCCCUAUGGGUACACGUGUAGCAAGCCAGAUAACUUCGAUGAGCUGAAUGAAGUGGCCCAAAAGGCUGCCAAGUCGGUGGCAAGCCUGCAUGGCACCCAGUACAAAGUGGGACCGAUCUGCUCAGUCAUCUACCAAGCCAGUGGAGGAAGCAUCGACUGGGCCUAUGAUUUUGGUAUUAAAUACUCAUUUGCCUUUGAGCUAAGAGACACAGGUCGCUAUGGCUUCCUCCUGCCGGCCAAUCAGAUCCUGCCCACAGCUGAGGAGACCUGGCUUGGCCUGAAGACAAUCAUGGAGCAUGUGCGAGACCAUCCCUACUAGGGUUCUGGGGAUAAACGAACACCAUUAAAAAUCUCUUGAUUGGAAGCAAA